AUGUCUGACACGGGUAUACAUUCUGCGAACGAGUCAGGUGACUCCACGCCACUCAACGUCAAGCGUGAGAGGGAAGAUGAGGGAUCACCCCAACCUUCAAAAAGUCAUAAACCAAACGAUGUCUCGGACGAAGAUGAAUCGGCCGAUAAAGAGCUGGCUGCUGCCACUGCUGCCAAGGUUGAAAGUCUGGACUCUGCUGCUCCAGCCGGUGCCGAUGAGGGACAACAAGAAGAAGAAAACGAGAAUGAGAACGAGAACGAAAACGACGAGAACGAGGAUGAUGAAGAUGACGACGACGACGAAGAAGAUGACGAUGAUGAUAAUGUAGGAUCCUCUAAAAAAUCUAAAAGAAGAAGAGCCAACCAGUUCCUUGAUAUCGAGGCCGAGGUGGAUGAUGAGGAAGAAGAUGAACUCGACGAGGACGAUGAGGAGGCAGAGCUUUUGCGUGAACAAUUCAUUUCCGACGACCCCAACGAGCGCGAGGCAAAUAUCCCGGGCCACGACGAUGACCGUUUGCAUAGACAAUAUGAUCAAAGACGUCAAGAGGCUGAGGAUCAAGAUGCUGAGCAAUUGGCCGAGACCUUGAAGCAGCGUUACAGAAAAACACAUACUGUCUACCGUGGUGACACUGCUGCCAGUGGUCUUGUAUCCCAAAAGUUGUUGAUGCCCUCCAUCAAUGACCCUGCCAUUUUCGCCAUCCGAUGCACUCCAGGUCGUGAGAAGGAGCUCGUGAGAAAGUUGUACGAGAAGAAACGUACUUUGGCUCGUCUGGGUCGCCCUCUCGAAGUUUUGUCGGUGUUCCAAAGAGACGCCUUUAAGGGUUACAUCUAUAUUGAGGCAAAGAAGCCUGAGGCUAUCCAACAGGCGUUGACCGGUAUGGUCAAUGUCUAUGCCAACCAGAGAAUCAUUGUGCCUGUGAGUGAAUAUCCCGACUUGCUUAAGCAGGUGAAGUCCACAGAUGUUGAGAUUGUGCCAGGUAUUUACGUCAGAAUCACAAGAGGAAAGUACAAGAACGAUUUGGCCAUUGUCGAUAAUUUAUCUGAGAACGGUUUGGAGGUCCGCUGUAAGUUGGUCCCACGUCUUGACUACGGCAAAAAUGACGAAACGACAUAUGAUGGUAAGGUCAUCAAACUGAAAAUCAGACCUAUGCCCAACCUUUUCAACGAGCAAGAAGCCAGAACCUAUGAUCAAGAAGGUUUGCAAACUGGAAGAGGCUUGCGUUCCUACAUCUACAGAGGUGACGAAUACCAGGAUGGUUUCCUUUUCAAGGACUUCAAGUUGCAGUACAUACAAACAAAGGACAUCCACCCUCGUCUAGAUGAGUUGGACUUGUUCCAGAGUGGUUCCAGAACUGGCGACGGUAUGGAUCUCGCUAACGUUGCAGCCACUUUGAAGAACAGUAAAACUCAAGAUGGUGGCCAAAGCAGUGCUUUUCAACCAGGUGAUAAUGUUGAGAUCCGUCGUGGUGAGCAAGCUAAGACUGUUGGUAAGGUGGUGGGUGUAUCGUUGAAUGAAGUCACCAUUGUUGUUGUCGAUGCCGGUGACAAACAGAUGAUUAAUCGUGAAAUUACAGUCACUAGCGGUGAUUUACGUAAGGUCUUUGCCCUUGGUGAUCACGUUAAAGUCAUAGAGGGUAAGCACACUGACCGAACUGGUUUGGUCAUAAGACUUGAUGGUGACUCUGUGGUUUUGCUCAGUGAUCAAACAAGAGAAGAUAUUCGUGUUUUCGCUAACUACCUUAUUAAGGCUACAGACUCUUCCACGAGUGCGGAUAUGGUCAACAGUAUGUAUGAAAUCAAGGAUCUCGUGCAGCUAAAUGCAUCUACAUUCGGUGUCAUUGUCAAGGCUGAGACUGGGUUCUACGGUAUUCUUACCUCUGAUGGCCGUGUCGUGGAUGUGAAACCUACAGGUAUCUCCAGAAAGCUCAAACUCUCAAGCAGAGAGCAAGUGGCUACUGAUAAGCAUGGUCUGACCAUCAAAGUUGGAGACUCUGUCAAGGAGAAAGGAGGAGACAAGAAGAAAGAGGGUACAAUUCUCCAUAUUUACAAGAACAUUCUCUUCAUCGAAUCUCGUGAGUUGACCGAAAAUCUCGGUAUAUUCGCCACUAAUGCUCUUAAUGUGAGCACAGUCUCGACCAAAGAUCUGAUUAUGUCCCGUAAUCUAGGUCCUGAUCUCAGUCGCAUGAACCCCAACCUUAAGCUCGCUCCAAUCGCUGCGCAAGCAACGAAAAUGCGCGUUGGAGGUAGAGACAAAUUGAUCAACAAGGAUGUUGUUAUCAAUAGUGGAAACCACAAGGGUCUUAUGGGUAAAGUCAUUGAAACCGACGAUGUCGACGCACGUAUCGAGCUCCAUACGAAGGCAAAGAAGAUCAAGGUCAACAAGACCAAGUUGAGUGUGUUAAUUCGUGGAGAAUCCAUUCCUUAUUUGCGCUUCAUCGGGGCUUCGGAAACCGGUGGCAGAGGAGCACAUUUGUCUCUGGGUCCAGCUUUCUCAUCGGGUGGCCGCUCUGUAUUGGGAGGCGCAACUCCAGCCGUGGGCGGAGGUGCUGCAUCGGCAUGGCAAGGAAAAACACCUUCAACCAGCGCCGGCGCCACCUCUAGUUGGGGCUCUAGUGGAGGAUCAUCCGCAUGGGGCUCUAGUGGUGCUACUUCCACUUGGGGUGCCACUGGAGGUAACUCAACAUGGGGUGCUAGCAACAACUCGGGUGCUGGGUCUUCGUGGGACGCUUCAAGACAAGGAGGCAACCUGGCUUGGGGACGUACCGGAGGCGACUCCUCGGCUUGGGGUAAAUCCGGCAGAGCCUCGGUGUGGGGCGACGGAAAGAACUCUGCUUGGGGCCGCAACAACGAAGGCAACAACUCGGCGUGGGGCUCGAACAACAAACAAGGAGGCAACUCGUCGUGGGGUGCCCAGAAAGAUAACUCUUCCGGGUGGGGAGAUAAUAAUACUGGCAACAGAAAUGUUUGGCGUGGAAACGGAGGUGGGUCGUCGUGGGGCCAGCAGUAG